UUUUAAUCUAUAGAUUGCAGACCGCUUUGUAGUUCUUUAAAUGAACUACCGUAAUAGAGUAUCCAUUGCAUUAUAACCACCAAGUCAAACGGAACAGAAGGCUCUGUGCAGUAAGACCAAAACACCAACUUUUUGGGCCUUGAGACUUGAAAGUUUUUGCACUUGCAACCAUCAUAAAAGAUUUUGAGGAUAUAAAACAGGAUGGUUAAACUCGAAGAAGUCGUUGACGAGACUGAAUUACAGACCCAAGGUCAAAAUGUUACUGAAAAGGAGAAGUACAUUUAUGCUGAAGAAGACGUCGAAGAGUCUGACUCUGAUGAAUCUGACUUUGAGGGACUUGAAGAUGAAACCAUUUUUGACCGUAUCACUGCUUUGAAGGAAGUUAUUCCCGUUACUUGGCGCGUCAAGAUCGCCGAUGGUGCUAAGUGUGCUGUUUCCGGCGUUUCUCGUCUUUCUAGCUUUGGAGGAAAGUCUUUAUGGGUCCUUUCCACUUCUGCUCUUCUUUUAGGUGUUCCUUUUAUGAUGUCCGUAGAGGACGAAGCUCAGCUUUCUGAAUACGAGAAACAAUUGAAGGACCAACGUGGUGCUAACGAGGUGAUCGCCCCUGGAGCUACUAGCAAUGCCCUUCCCCAGUAAUUGAACGGUAGUAGAGAAAGCCAUUUUAGGAGUUCGUGAAUGUUUACUUCUUUCGUAUAUAUAAGUUUGAAUGAUCAUUGCGUCCGUAAAUUCAAAUUAAAAUAAGAAUAAAAUCACUUUGUGGAUCUUUUUGUUUUGACACUUCGAAGUAACUAUUUUAUUAAUAAGGUAAGCUAGUAUUAUUU